GCGAAUACAACCCGCGUUUUCCAACCUUCUUCUCUAAUUUUACGAGCCGUUGACUCGGUCGAUCGAUGGAACGAGCCGCGCCGCGUUUCCCGAUACGCGUCGUUGCCCCUCGCUGGUGACGUAACCCCCCCCCCCCUUCCUCCCCCUUCGAUCUCGCCUCGCGUCGUCCAUUCUCUUCCGCCAUCUCUUUCUCUUUCUCUCUCCGUUUCAGAUCACCAAGCUGAAGAUCGACAGCAACCCGUUCGCCAAGGGGUUCCGUGACUCGUCCCGACUCACCGAUUUCGAGAGGGAGACGAUGGAGUCGAUGCUCGCGGAGCAACAAUCGCUCAGGUUCCCCCAUCGGCUCCCGUUCGAGAUGGAUCAACUUCAAGCGACGGCGGUGAGCAAUCUGAGCCUGGAGGAGAAGGCGCUCUGGGCGGCGCGCUCCCAGAUGCUGUUACGGGCGGCGGCCGCGGUCGCUGUCAGCCCUUACGCCCAAUUGGUCGGGCCCGCGGCCCUCGUCUAUCCCGGCGCCUCGUCCGCCGGCACCAGCCACCAACAGCAACACCAGCAACACCAGCAACAGCAGCAGCAGCAACAGCAGCAGCAGCAGCAACAACAACAACUCGGCCACUUGUGGUGGGCCUCGUCGAUCGGCCCCACGCUGUUCGCCGCGGCGCAUCAUCACCAUCAACAGCAACAGCAGCAACAGCAGCAAUUGGCCGCGGGAUCGAGCACGGGGCCAGCCGCGCCCCGGCCCCUCUACCCCUCCGCUUUGGCCCUGGCCCAUCACCGAUUCUCCCCGUACCACGCGGCCAAAUCGUCCGCCACCUCGCUGGGACCUUCGCUGUCUCCCUCGCCCUCCUCGCGAAGGGCCACCCCCUCGCCGACCGACAGCCUCGGAAGAGACGUUCGAGAUCUGUCGCCCUCGUAGUGUCCAUCCCGUCGUCCGUCGCUCUCCCUCUUUCUCUUCUUCUCCUUCUUCCGCGAAAGUAGGAGGAGGAGGAGAAGGAGGAGGAGGAGG